AUACAAGGCGCCUCUGCCGCUGGAGCUACCUCUGAAUCGCCACUGUCAAGCCUUUUGCUUGCCUUUCGAUCGGCGGAGCGGCGCCACAAUACCGGUGUCUGGGUCGGUGCCCGUCUCUUCAUCGGGGGGCCGCAGCCCGAUGGCCGACGACGGCCGGCGAGGUGAUGAAGGGGAGCGGGGCCCUGGUGCCCUGUACCAGAUGUUUGUUACCAUGGAGGACCUGCUGGACAAACUGAAGCUGAUGAACUACGAGGAGAAUCUGAUCCGAAAGAACAACAUGAAGGCUCUGUCCAGACACUACUUUGCUCUCCCUACAAAUCCUGGUGAACAAUUCUACAUGUUUACAUCUAUCGCAGCUUGGCUGCUAAACCAGGCAGGACGCUUAUUUGAGCAGCCACAAGAAUAUGAUGAUCCCAAUGCAACAAUAACUAAUAUUCUGACAGAGCUCCGUGCAUUGGGUGGCUCAGUGGAUUUUCCUCCUUCCAAACUAAAGCAAGGUUAUGGGGAACAGGUCUGUUAUGUCCUGGAUCGUUUGGCUGAAGAAGCCUUAAAAUAUACUGGUUUUAAUUGGAAGAGGCCUGUAUAUCCAGCAGAAGAGAUGGAAGAAGAAGCAUUAAUAGAAGAUGAUGCCGAAUUAACAUUAAGCAAACUUGAAGACGAAAUGAUCGAGGAAGCAGAAGAUUAUGAAGAAGGGGAGCCUUUUCUGGAUCUGGAGGUUUUGAAAGCUCAAGGACAGAAAAUGGAGGGAAUAGAGUGCUCAAAGCCAGAAGAGAUCUUGGAAUCAACAACAGAUAUUGCUGAGUGGAAUCUAGAGGUAGAACGAGUUCUGCCACAACUUAAGGUUACCAUCAGGACUGACAACAAGGACUGGAGAGUUCAUGUUGACCAAAUGCACCAGCAUAAAGAGGGAAUUGAGACAUCUCUUAAAGAGACAAAGAGUUACUUGGAUAAGCUUCAGGAUGAGAUUAGUCGAACUCUGGAGAAAGUCAGCAGCAGAGAGAAAUAUAUCAACAACCAGUUGGAGAAUUUGAUUCAAGAUUUUCGAACUACUCAGGCUCAACUAAGUGAGGCCAAAGACCGGUAUCAACAAGGAAGUGGAGGAGUAACAGAACGGACCAAACUUCUGUCUGAGAUAAGUGAAGAAUUGGAAAAAGUGAAACAAGAUAUGGAAGAAAAGGGAAGUAGUAUGACUGAUGGAGCUCCAUUGGUGAAAAUCAAGCAAGCUUUGACUAAGCUGAAACAAGAGAUAACUCAAAUGGAUAUCCGAAUUGGAGUUGUGGAGCAUACCUUGUUACAAGCCAAACUCAAAGAGAAGUCAAACAUGACCAGAGACAUGCAUGCAACCAAUAUUCCAGAAACCACAAUAGGUGGUUAUUGACUUCCAAUAUUUAUGUACAAAUCAUAACUUUAUCUGUUAGUACUGUAUUGGAAAAUUAUUGAAUCUUGUUUUCUACCUGAGGAACCAAAGGUUUUGAAUUGUUGGUGCAAGAUAACUUCAACAAAUCACAGUUGCAUUAUAGAUUUAUCAAAAUCAAAAUACAAAGUCAGCUUAAAAUAGUGCCAGUGCUCCUUUCAUUUACAAAAUCAAUAGUCAGCAAAUCUUGCACUUCAUAUGUUAUCAGCAGGUCUUUUGCCCUUAGGCUCAUAUUCCUAAUGUUUUAUUAAAUACUCAUUCCUCAAUUACUGACUCUCUAAACAAAAUUGAAAUGACUUUAAUUGCAAUGAACUAUUGCAGUUUUCUUAAGAAACUUAAGUAUUUCUAAAGAGUUUCAAUAAAUGCCUCAAAAUCUAAUCUUUCCUUUAUAAGCAGCACUGGCUCUCUAAGCAUUAUGAAGCUUAUCUAAAAUUCAGUAUUUAAUCCAUACACAAUUAUAAAAUUAACCUCUAUUUUCGAGCUCUUUGCUAUUACUUUCUUGAAGCACUCCCUAAUGUACAUUUUCCAUCCAUUAUCUUCUUUAUUACUUUAACAUUAACUUCAUGACUGGCUUUUUGAAUUGAUCUAAAUAUAAAGUAAAUGUACAGUGAAAAUUUUUGUAGAAAUUGUAUAUAAUUAACUCUAGUUUUAACUUGCAGUUAACACUGCAAGCAUUGCAGAUGUUUUAAGCAAGCAUUUUAUAAAUACUUAUUUGCAAUUUUGUAAUCUUUGAAUACAAUUAUUUUAUCAAUAAAAUGUUAUCUGUUGA